AUGGCCAGCCAGUUCUGCCUUCCUCUAGUCCCACGCCCCGCACCCCUUAAACCUUUGAAAUCCCACUUUACAGACUUCCAGGUGGGUAUCUGUGUGGCGAUCCAGCGCAGCGACAAACGGAUCCACCUGGCUGUGGUCACAGAAAUCAACAGAGAAAACUCUUGGGUCACAGUGGAGUGGGUUGAGAAAGGAGUCAAAAAAGGCAAGAAAAUCGAACUGGAGACUGUAUUUCUGUUGAAUCCGGCUCUGGCCUCUGCUGAACACCAACGGUCACGCAAACCCCUGCCCUUGUGCCCGCUGUCCACACCCACUAGUGUCAUUGGAGACCAGCGUUUAACCACCAAGUGGGUUGCGAUGAUCCCGCACAGAAAUGAAACACCCUCGGGGGACAGCCAAGCCCUGGUGGUCCCCAGCAACCCUUAUCUGAUGAAGAGGAAAAAAUCCCCCUGCCUAAAGGAAAUUGAAAAGCUGCAGAAGCAGCGAGAGAAGCGCAGACGAUUGCAGCUAGAGAUCCGAGCUAAAAGAGCGCUCGACAUCAACACUGGAAACCCGAACUACGAGACUAUGCGCAUGAUUGAGGAGUACCGCAGGCAUCUAGACUGCAGCAAAAUGUCUAGCCUGGAGCCCCCAGAAGACCACCGGAUCUGCGUGUGCGUGAGAAAGCGCCCUCUUAAUGAGAGAGAGACCACCAUGAAGGACCUAGAUAUCAUCACCAUCCUCUCGCACAACGUGGUCAUGGUCCACGAGUCUAAACAAAAGGUGGACCUGACGCGCUACUUGGAAAACCAGACCUUCUGUUUUGACCAUGCCUUUGACGACACGGCAUCCAAUGAGUUAGUUUACCAGUUCACUGCCCGGCCACUGGUGGAGUCCAUCUUCCGAAAGGGCAUGGCCACUUGCUUUGCCUACGGGCAGACUGGCAGUGGAAAAACCCACACGAUGGGUGGAGCCUUUACAGGAAAGGGUCAAGACUGUUGUAAAGGCAUUUACGCCCUGGUGGCUCAGGAUGUCUUUCUCCUACUGAAAAAGCCCGCCUAUGAGAAGUUGGAACUCAAAGUCUACGGGACCUUUUUUGAGAUUUAUGGUGGCAAAGUGUAUGACCUGUUAAACUGGAAGAAGAAGCUGCAAGUCCUCGAGGACGGCAAUCAGCAAGUGCAAGUUGUGGGGCUGCAGGAGCAGGAGGUGUGCUGUGUGGAGGAAGUCCUGAAUCUGGUGGAACAAGGAAACAGCUGCCGGACUUCCGGACAGACCUCUGUCAAUGCCCACUCGUCCAGGAGCCACGCGGUGUUCCAGCUCAUCCUCAAGUCCGAAGGGAAUCUACACGGCAAGUUUUCCCUCGUUGACUUAGCUGGGAAUGAAAGGGGGGCAGACACUGCCAAGGCCACUCGGAAGAGGCAGUUGGAAGGGGCUGAGAUAAAUAAGAGCCUGCUCGCCCUCAAAGAAUGCAUCAGGGCUUUGGGGAAGAACAAGCCUCAUACCCCAUUUAGAGCCAGCAAACUCACGCAUGUUCUCCGAGACUCCUUCAUAGGCCAGAACUCUUCCACUUGCAUGAUUGCUACUAUCUCACCUGGGAUGACUUCAUGUGAAAACACCCUCAAUACUUUAAGGUAUGCAAACAGAGUCAAAGAAUUAGCUUUCGAAACAAGACCCUACAACCAUGGUCCAACUGAACCAAUAAUGUUAGAAAAGGACAACACGAAUUCAGAGACGUCCCUUCAGAGGGGAGAUUUUAUUCAGAUACCUACAGUACAGAAAGAAGAAGAGAAAGAGAGUGAUGAAAUCUCAGAAACGAAGGACCCACCAGCUUCAUGGAGGAGCUCUAGUCAGUGGUGGGAGACCAUACAAGAAACAGCUGACGGGAUCAACUGUGAUGUAGAUUUUUGCAUUGCUCAGUCUUUGUCCAUUUUGGAGCAGAAAAUCGGUGUGCUGACUGAUAUCCAAAAGAAGCUCCAAUUACUACGAGCUGACCUCCAAAAGAAAAGCCAAGUUGAGUGA